AUGAAUGAUGAAGGCCAUAAGACGGCUCUAGAAAAUCAAAAUAAAACGUCACUAGCUAACGAAGAUUAUGCAACUCUAAAUAAACCAAAAAGUCCGAAAAAGAAUGCUGAUCCGAUAAUUGCCGCAAUUGCAGGCGCUCUAUCUGGUGCUCUAUCUGCAAUGCUAGUUUGUCCUUUUGAUGUUGCAAAAACAAGAUUACAGGCACAAGGCCUCCAGAACAUGAGCCAUCAGAGUCAGCAUUAUAAAGGGUUUUUCGGCACAUUUGCUACUAUUUUCAAAGAUGAAGGUGCUGCUGGGCUUUAUAAAGGUCUACAACCAACAGUUUUAGGUUACAUUCCCACCUUGAUGAUUUACUUUUCCAUCUACGACUUUAGCAGAAAAUAUUCUGUCGAUAUUUUCCCACAUAGCCCAUUUCUUUCAAACGCUUCUUCUGCAAUUACUGCAGGUGCCAUCUCUACGGUUGCAACAAAUCCGAUUUGGGUAGUAAAAACAAGACUUAUGCUACAGACAGGCAUUGGUGAAUACUCCACUCACUACAAAGGUACCAUAGACACUUUCAAAAAGAUCAUCCAACAAGAGGGUGUCAAAGCUCUUUAUGCUGGUUUAGUACCAGCCCUUCUAGGGAUGCUGAACGUUGCCAUACAAUUUCCGUUAUAUGAGAAUUUAAAGAUUAGGCUCAAGUAUUCAGAAUCGACUGAUUUAUCAACAGAUGUAACAAGCUCGAACUUCCAAAGAUUAAUAUUGGCAUCUAUGUUAUCUAAAAUGGUAGCGUCUACUGUGACUUAUCCUCACGAAAUACUUCGAACUCGAAUGCAGUUGAAGUCUGAUCUUCCCGAUGCCGUACAACGCCAUCUACUGCCACUGAUCAAAAUCACGUAUAAGCAAGAGGGUUUUGCCGGAUUUUAUUCUGGAUUUGCCACUAAUUUGGUAAGAACAGUACCCUCUGCUGUGGUGACGUUGGUGUCGUUCGAAUACUCUAAGAAGUAUUUGAGUGCUUUUUUCAAUAAGGUAUAG